CUCCCCCCAGGCUGUGUAGCCUUCCUGGAGCAGUCAACAUUGGUCUUUGUGCGCCUGAAGGACGCAGUGACACUGGAUGCCAUCCUCGAUGUGUCCCUACCCGUCCGCUUCCUCCUUGUGGUCCUGGGCCCUGACACCCCCCACAUCAGCUACCAUAAGAUGAGCCGUGCUGUUGCCACCAUGAUGUCUGAGAGGGUCUUUUGCCAGGAUGCCUACCUGGCUGAGGGCUGCCAGGACUUGCUGUGGGGGGUGGAGGUCAGCAUCGUCCUGCCACCCACCGAGACCCCCAACGAGCAGUUCCUGCUGCAGCACAAGCUACUCUGUUGCCGCGACCAGCCCCCUGAGCAGGCAUCAAGCGAGGGCUUCCUCAAAGACCUGGGGCUGGAGGAGCCAGCGCCAGAGGAUGACGACCCCCUGCGCAGGAUGGGGCAACCUUUUGGGGGGCUGGUGCAAGACAUCUGCUGCUGCUACCCCAAAUAUCUCAGCGACAUCAAGGACGUCUUCAGUCCCCAGUGCCUGGCCGCUGUCAUCUUCAUCUACUUCACUGCGCUGUCACCUGCUGUCACCUUUGGAGGAUUGCUGAGUGAGAAGACCAAGGGCAUGAUGGGGGUGUUGGAGCUGCUCAUCUCUACCUGCGUGCAGUGUGUCCUCUUCAGCAUCCUCAGCGCCCAGACCCUUCUUGUCAUCGGCUUCUCAGGGCCCCUCCUUGUCUUUGAGGAAGCCUUCUACUCAAUGGGUUUCUGCAAUGUCAAUGGUGUGGAGUACAUCAUGGGCCGGGUCUGGAUCGGCUUCUGGAUGAUCCUGAUGGUGCUGGUGGUGGUGGCCUGUGAGGGCAGCUUCCUGGUGCGCUACGUGUCCCGCUACACCCAGGAGAUCUUCUCCUUCCUCAUCUCCCUCAUCUUCAUCUACGAGACCUUCUUCACAGAAGGGGGAAGGGGAGGGCGGGGCUGCAGGCUGUGCUCAAUCUUCAAGGAUCACCCGCUAAAGCGGCAGUACAAUGUGCAGGCCAUAGUGGAUCCCAAGGUGCUGGAGCUGAACACGGUGCUGCUUUCCCUCGUCCUCAUGGCUGGCACAUUCUUCCUGGCAUUCUUCCUCCGCAAGUUUAAGAACAGCGCUUUCCUGCCUGGCAAGGCCCGACGCUUGAUCAGGGACUUUGGGGUGCCCAUUUCCAUCUUCAUCAUGGCGCUGAUUGACUUCUUCAUCAAGGACACAUACACGCAGAAACUGAAUGUCCCCAAAGGGCUGGAGGUCACCAAUUCAUCCACCCGUGGCUGGUUUAUCAGCCCCAUGGGGAAAAACAACAGCUUCCCUCCCUGGAUGAUGUUUGCCUCUGUGGUGCCAGCCAUCGUGGUCUUUAUCCUCAUCUUCCUCGAGACACAGAUCACCAUAGUCAUCGUCAGCAAGCCUGAGAGGAAGCUGGUAAAGUGCUCUGGCUUCCACCUGGACCUGCUGCUGAUUGUGGCCAUGGGGGGACUGGACACCCUCUUCGGCAUGCCCUGGCUCAGUGCCACCACACUCCACACUAUCACCCACGCCAACGCCCUCACCAUCAUGGCCAAGACCUCUGCUCCCAACAAGAAGUUCCAGAUCCUGGAGGUCAAGGAGCAGCGCCUCAGUGGCUUGUUGGUGGUCGUGCUCAUUGGGCUGGGUGCACUCAUGGAGCCCAUCCUAAAGUACAUCCUAUUGGCUGUGCUCUUUGGCAUCUUCCUCUACAUGGGUGUCACUUCCCUCUUUGGCAUUCAACUCUUUGACCGCAUCCUGCUCUUGCUGAUGCCACCCAAGUACCACCCUAAUGAGUCCUACGUCACCCGAGUGAGCACUUGGCGGAUGCAUCUCUUCACCUUCACUCAAAUUGUCGUCCUAGUGCUACUGUGGGUGGUGAAGUCCACCCCAGCCUCGCUGGCACUGCCCUUUGUCCUCAUCCUCACUGUAGUCCUGUGACGCUUCCUACUGCCCAAGAUCUUCAGGGACGUCGAGCUCAAAUGUCUGGACGCCAACAAUGCCAUGGUGACCUUCGAAGAGGCAGAGGGCACAGACAUGUACAAUGAGGUGCAGAUGCCCAGCUAA